AAGUGGAGUGGAGAUCAGCGUAAUCCAGCACGAAGCACAUCCGGUAGUAAUUUGAAACAUUCCAAAGGAUUUGACUUUGACUUUAAUUUGCAGUUGUUUACCAUUAAUACAAAUUUGACCUGUACUCUAGUUCUUAUGAUCAGUAUCAUUCAUAAUCCAUAGAGAUGGCAGCUACAAAAAGAGAUUUUGGAUCAUUUCAUGCAUCAAAUGUGGAGGAAUUGGUCAGCCUGCCAGAUGAGGCCUAUGUUCCCCCAUCUUUACCAUUUGAUACUCCAAGUUUUGACGAAUACAGGAAAAAUCCUCCACAAUUUGGCCAAAAAUUGAGGGAGAAACAUUUCUUGCUGGAUAAGGAGUGUGUGUUCCUCAACCAUGGUGCAUUUGGGGGAACGUUGAGCCAGGCUCUUGAUGUAGCCCAGAAGUGGCAGCGUCACACUGAACGUCAACCUCUUAGGUUUUUUGACAGAGAGUUAUUACCCCACCUUGUACAUGUCACCAGGCGUAUGGCUAGCUUUGUAGGGUGUUCACCAGGUGAUUUAGUAUUGAUACAGAACGUGACAACAGCUAUAAAUUGUGUUGUGCGCUCCCAGAACAUCAAAAAAGGAGAGACUGUGUAUAUGCUGAACCUAACCUAUGGUGCAGUGAAAAAGCUCAUCACUCAUGUAUGUGAGAAUACUGGGGCAACCAUACAAGAGGAGAAGGUCAUUCUACCACUUCAGUCUCAACAACAGAUAGUUGAUUUAGUGGACAGAACAUUGAAGGAAGGUACUAAGUUGGCUAUAUUUGACCACAUUCCAAGCAACACACCUUUCAUUCUUCCUAUAAAGCAGCUUAUACAGAUCUGCCACAACAGAGGGGUUCCAGUGUUGAUAGAUGGCGCUCAUGCAUUGGGAUCACUGACACUUGACCUUGAUGAUCUAGAUCCAGAUUUCUAUGUUUCAAACUGCCACAAAUGGUUAUGUAGCCCAAAGGGGGCAGCAGUUAUGUAUGUGAAACAAAGAUGGCAGCACCAGACCAGACCACUUAUUAUAUCACAUGGUUUGGGAUCGGGAUUCAUAUCAGAGUUUAUAUGGGCAGGUCUUAGAGACUACUCUCCGCUCUUAUCAAUACACACGGUCCUUGACUUUUGGGAUGCCUUAGAUACCAAAGCGACACACUGCCAUCUUUACAAUCUAGCCAAAAUGGCUGCAAAUACUCUCAAAGACAAAUGGAAAUCAAAUUUCCUAGCCCCGUUGGAAAUGUUUGGGACAAUGGUUGCAGUGCAGCUUCCUUUGGAAUUAUACAAACAUUGUGAGGUUGUGGAUUACACCAAAGCAGAAAUUAUUCAGAACUAUCUUUAUGAAAAGAACAUUGAGGUUCCCAUAAAGGCAAUACAAGGUCAUCUUUAUGUGAGGAUUUCUGUUCAUGUAUAUAAUGAACUUAAGGAGUAUGAACAUUUAGGAGAACUUGUACUGAACUUAACUAGAGAAAAGAUACUGUAGUGUCUGGUCUAUAUAAUGUGAUUACACUAUGUCAAAGAAAUUCGGAAAAAUGAUGAGGAACUAAACAUUUCAACUCAAUGAUAUCCUUUUGGGCUGGAUAUUUGGAGCCUGUGAUGUAUUUAAUUUACAGCAGUAUAAAGAAAUAUCUGUAUAUAUUCAUAAAAUUUACAUAAAUAG